AUGCCUUCGAUGGAAGAGCAAUUCGAGACAGCAUGCGAAGAUGGGACAAUCCCCGGCGUCAUCCUGCUCGCUUCAAACCGCAGUGGUUCAUUCCACUACGCCCACGCGUUCGGCGUCCGAUCCCUUGAUACCCACGAACCGCUCGAAAUGAAUAACAUGCUGUACAUAGCUUCCUGCACGAAGUUGAUGACCUCAAUCGCCGCCAUGCAAUGCGUUGAGCGCGGUCUUGUAACCCUCGACACUGACGUAGCAGAAAUCUUACCCGAGCUUGCGGACCAGGGUAUCUUGACUGGAUUUGACGAGGCCUCUGGCGAACCAAUCCUUAACAAGCGGCAAAAUACGAUAACGUUACGCCAUCUUCUAACCCACUCCGCCGGCCUUUGCUAUUUAAUGAUGAGUCAGCGCGUCCAGCGCUAUCGCAAGCACACCAAGAAUUUCAAGAUGGCUACCGGUGCGACAGUAGAAGAAUGUUGCACCCAGCCUCUCAUCUAUGAACCCGGCACCAGCUGGCUCUACAGUACCAGCAUCGACUGGGCCGGUAAGCUGGUCGAACGCAUCACGGCCCAGACGCUGGAGGAGUACAUGAAAGCAAACAUCUGGCACCCGUUGGGUAUUAAGGAUAUUACAUUCUGGCCUGAGCAGCAACACAUGAAGCACCGUAUGGCGAGCCUGACCGUCCGAGACGAGGAGACCGGAAAAGUAAUCCACGACCUGGAUGGCGCCAAGAUGCCAGGGGGCAAGGACUGUUUCGGCGGCCAUGGCGCUUUUGCAUCUAUGCCCGACUAUUUCAAGAUUCUCCGCUCUCUACUCCUCGAUGAUGGAAUCAUUCUCAAGCGCUCCACGGCAGCGCAGAUGUUCCAGCCGCAGUUGACGAAAGAGAGCCAAGAAGCACAGAAACAACUGAUGGCGAAGCCGGAGAACACGGCACUCUUUGUGGGAGAAUUUCCCAAACGUGUGCCUUUGGAUUGGGGCAUUGGUGGUAUAUUGACGAGGGAGGCGGAUGAAGGGUGGAGGGGAAAGAAUACGCUGAUGUGGAGCGGGUUGCCGAAUCUGUUCUGGUUUAUCGACCGCGAAGCCGGCCUUUGCGGCUUGUACGGCGGUCAAGUACGGCCGCCUGGCGAUGCAAAGGUUGGAAAGAUGAUCACGCUUUUCGAAAAGACCAUGUAUGAAAGGCUUGCGGCACACGAAAUCAAAGCUAAGAUGUGA